AUGUCAAAAUUGGAUAUUGUAGCUACCAGAACCUUCGAUCCUAAAUUCCCUCAUUUUCAUUCAGAUGGUACUGGAAGAGAUUCCUACAUAAUCAACAAUAACGGAGGUUUAAGUGUCCCUAGACCUUGGAAUCAAAGAGAUGCCCAGACUUCAUUUUUUGCUUCAACUUAGAAAUUCUACAGAAGAGAGUCACCUUCUCCAAGAAAAGAGGCCAAGCCUUUUGAAUAUAGAUCUGAUGGUUCUGGCCGUGACUCAUAUAUUCUUGCUAAUAGUGGUGGUCUUAAGAACAAAAUUCACAACUUGACUGGGGACAAAUUCUUUAAAGCUACUCUUAGAUAGAAUGAGUUACUUCCAUAUAGAACUCAUAAAACCUAAUAUGAAGCAGCCAAGGCAGACAUCACAAACUACUUAAACUGGUAUACUCCUUAAGCUUAAGGGUAGGUUGCAAUUAUGGCUAAAAAGUAAAGAGCUUUAAUUAAUAGACUCUCUCCCAUCAGAGACAUUAAUCAGUCUAUGAAUCAAGAAUCAAACAGUGGAGAACUUCUUAAUAAAACUGGAAACCUCAGCUAAAAGACUGAUCCAUUUUUGGGAUAAAGAAAAAGCGUUUCAGUUGCAUCAGGCGGGUUCCCCUAAACACUAGAUCCUAUUCAGGAGAGAGGAAGAUACCAAAACGAUUAGAGUGCAUUGAAUGGAGACUAUUACACCAAGAGAAACAAUAAAUCAGGCAAUGGACAGUAUUCCAUUAUGACUGAAUUGGAGGAAUAAAAGAGGAAGAUGAUGGAGAUGCCCCUCAGACAAAUAAACAGUAUUAAAAAGGAAGAUAUUCUUCAGUAACUGAAAAAUAAGAAAAUUGAGUGA